AGACAAUUGUCACGCAUUUGGUUAAUCCUAUUUGGAAAGCAUGUCUGAAACGAGUCAAACAAAUGUGGAUUAUUUGCUCGAGAAGUUCACUAUCAGUGAAAUCAUAGACAUUCAAAACAAACUCAAGACAGACAUCGACCGCAAGAAACAAGAACUCAAACAAUUAGUCGGUGAACGAUAUGGGGAUCUCAUUGAAGCGGUCGAUACCAUCAAACAGAUGAACCAAAGUGUGGAUUAUGUGCUCAACUCUCUGCAGACACUCACCAAAAGACAGUCCAACCACUUGUUGGCCACCAAUAAGAGCUCUUAUGAGAGGAUUAAUGGUUCUGACGGACAGCACUUCCAAAGAAAUGUCGAUUCAGUCAUGAGAUAUAAAUGUGGACUCAUUUUGAAACUUGUGAUCGAAAUGCCAUUAAAUAUUUGGACAUCUCUUGAGAACGAAGACCUUUUACGCGCCACUUAUGACUACUUUUAUGGACAACAUUUGUGUGAACUCUUUGAACAAUUGGUUCCUCGGAACGAAACUCCAAACCUAUUAAAGCAAUACAAGACAGCAAUCAAUAGAUUCAAUGAAGUGAUUGUCAAGAAGUGCUGGCAUUUCGACAAAAAGAGUUCAUUAAUGGAUAUUUACGACGAGUCGGUAAAUGCGGACAUAUUUUGCUGUUUACUUCUCUUGCAAGACAUGUCUCCCAAACGUGUCUUUCUAUCAAUUCUUGAGAAACGAAAGUCUCAUAUAAGAGACUGUUUUGAUGAGAACCACCACUUUAGAGAGAUUUUACAUAAUUUCAUGAAUUUGUUAUUCAAUACAAUUAAAUGCAUUCAUUCGGUGUUCUUCACGAACAGCGGAUCCAAAUCUAAGACAUUAUUGCAUCAAAGAUACGAACGAAUGACUAAAAUGAGCUUUGAAUCCACUUUUCUUAAGACUAAGAACUUAACGAAUGAACUGACGUCCGGUUUAAUUGAUUUUAAAAUAAGUCCAAAAACUAAUAUCGAAGUCAUUGACAAUGAGAUGAUUAAAAGCAAUACUAAAGACUGGAUGUCGGAUAUGAAGGCAUCUAUUGAACCGCUUUUAACAAAAAUGUUUCAAUCGAUUGAUUCCGUGAAUAGCAUUUGUGUUGCUUUGAACGAAACCAACGAAUAUUUAAGAAAAUCUCAAAAACUCAAUGAUUGGGUCGACUAUUGCGAAGAUCUGAUGACCAGCUAUUUGCCCGUUUGGGACCACUUUAUCAUUGGUCAUUUCGAGGAUAUUGUUAACAAAAGUCUUGCAUACGAAGACUUGGAAGUACUUGACUUCAUUUGGAUUGACUCAGAAAACCGGUCAUCAAGUCUGUCAAAGAAAGCUUUGGCUCAGAACCCGAUUAUUGAUGUCUUUUGUUCAGAUUUAGACCAUUCAUUGCAAUACUUGUUGAAUGACAUGAAAGUGAUUAAGGAUUUUAACUUCAAAUUAAUCCAAAGCAAUGAUUUGGAAGCAAUUGAAACACAUUUAAUGGAUGUCUGCCAUAAGAUUAUAGAAGACAUGAAAAAUCUCUUUGAAUCCGAUAAUAAAGAGAUCAUAUUAUUUAGCGCACAGUUCUUCCGUCAAAUAACGCAUACCUGUCCUCAUUUGAGACAAUGCUUUGAAAGUUCUUCGCCUAAUAGACAGUAUUCGUGGUCUAAAACUAAAGACUUAUUGCUAUCGUAUUCCUAUAAUUCCUAUAAGAAAUUAUUUGACUUAAAAAUCAAACAAUUGUUUGUCAAUACAAACGGCGAUUCUUUAACCGAUUUGAAUGCUUUUAUACACAACUCUUCGGUUUGGGAUAGCAUUCAGACCACAGAAAUGUCUGACGAGGGAAAGGAAGUCACUUCUAAGAUAGAAGUUCCCCUUCAGAUGUCAUCUUUCCUUCACAACAAUUUCACUCAAUUGUCUAAUGAAAUCAAUCGUCUCACUGGACAUACUAUCCCUCGGGUAGUAGUCAUCGACAUACUGUCCGCUCUAAGUCAACAAUUGACUCAAGUGUAUGGCAAUGCCUGCGACUGCUUGUCCACCAAUGAGUACCCGAAAAGCAUAAAACAAGUGAUUGCUUUACAACUGUAUUUCGAUCUCUUAUUCUUUAAGCAAUUUUUGGGAACGACUCGCGACGAGUCCAUCAAAGGCAACGAAAUGAACAAAAUUCAAGACUUAUUACAAAGAUGUGAGACAUUCAUCGAUCCGUUUGAUUUACACGUCUUCUUCCCCCACAUCCAGACAAAUGUUGCGAAACUGAGUAGAACUACAGCCGUUAUAUUGGGUUUACUUCUUCCCGAUCACACUCUCGCCAUAUCUGACCCGAAGUCCAAACAAAGCACUCAAAUGAAUGAAAUCCAUAAUAUAAUGACAUUUCAUUGCACUAACAAAGCGCUCGUACUUUUGAACGUCACUUCAAUCUCUAAGAAAUGA